CCCAUCAAAGGUCUCUCGGCUGAAGAAACGCACUUUCACCGGCGGCCGCUGGUGAGCAGGGGCGGGAAUUACGUCUCGUCCGCUCUUCUCUGCAUGUGGGACAAUAUCCACGGGCCCAAGAUACUCAGCAUAUGGAGCAGAGACGAAAAAUCAACCUCACCCCUAGUGACGGGGAAGCACAUGGCGGCGCCGUCUCCCCUCCCCAAACCACCGACCCUG